AUGGCAGGCCCCCGGCACCCGGUGUCUGUGAGCGGGGCAGCUCUGGUACAGACAGACAGGCUCCAGACGUUCGCCUUUUCCGUGUGCUGGUCAGAUGACAGCGACACCUUUGCACGAAGAAGCUGGGAGGAGUUCAGGAGACUCCAUAAAACCCUCAAGGAGAGUUUUCCAGUGGAGGCGGGUCUGCUGCGGAGAUCUGACCGCAUUCUCCCCAAGCUUACAGAUGCAUCGUUGUUGGUGCACUGGGGCCGCACUGGCCGAGGCUUAGCACGCCUGCAGCUGCUGGAGACCUACUCAAGGGCGCUGCUGGCGGCAGGGGAGCGUGUGACCCACAGCCCGGUGCUCACUGGCUUCUUUGCACCACAACCCAUGGACUUGGAGCCUGUGCUGCCAGCUGGCAGCCUGGUGAUCCUGCCUGCCCCGCAAGAGCCCCUGCCAGGCCCCACGGGCAGCCCUGCCAUCCGCAGCCAGGAGGCUCAGAGCCUGCACUGCCUGCAGCCGUUCAGCACCCAGGACACGUGGGGCCAGCCCUUCCAUGCUCAGGCCCAGGAGGCCCUAGAUGUGCUGCUGCGACACCCCUCAGGCUGGUGGCUGGUGGCGAAUGAGGACCAGCAGACAGCAUGGUUUCCUGCUCCAUACUUGGAAGAGGUGGCCCUGGGCCAGGGACGAGAUGGGGAAUGGUCCCUAGGGAGCAGUGGGUACCAGUUCUGUGCUUCCCAUGCCUACGAGAGCAGCCAAGCCGAUGAGCUGUCUGUGACCGCAGGGGCACGCGUGUGUGUGUUGGAAACAUCAGACUGUGGUUGGUGGCUGUGCAGGUUCCGAGGCCGUACUGGUCUUCUCCCAGCUGCAAUGCUGCAGCCUGACGGGCUGGGCACACUCCUCAGCGGACCAUGGCUCCACCUCAGGGUAGAUGGUGGGGAGGACAGGGAGGGCGAGGCCCAAAGAUCCCCCAAGUUCCCCCAGGCCACGACCCUGCCGCCUACCGUGCCUGCCCGACCAUCUCGGAGUGCCAUUCAGAGCCGCUGCUGCACCAUCACCCAUAAGGCACUGGGGCAGGACCCAGGGUGUCACGGACCCCCUUGA